GGCAGUGGCAUAAACCCGCCUCCACCUGCACCGGUUUAUGAUUUGGAUACGAUUUGCACUGUACGGAGUAUACCUACUUACAAGAACCCAUAGCAAGGCCACUCUAUUCUCUAUUCUCGACGCAGGACUCCAGCUUUGACUCUGCCUCUGCCUCGUCCGUCGCCCAAUCAUAUCGCGAGAGUUCAGUGCACAUUUAGAUCCAAGCUCCACCGACUCCGACUCGAACAGCACAGAGCACAACAUAACACCCCAAGGCUCUCACCAGGUAGCGCUUACUUUGGCCGAUGAUGGCAAAGGCGCUAAUCCCUCGUAGACGCUGCUUGCUCCGGACGGCCAUGGCGAAAUGCAAACUGUACAAUUCAAAAGAGGCAAGGGCUGGCUGCCAGUGCGUGCUUGUUAGGUAGCUGUCCGUAGUGCGUCGUAGACAACUCUGUCAUUCCUCCAAACUAUUCCUUUUUCAAUGGUCCUGCAACACGACCAUCAGUGACUCAAAUAUUGCGAUCUAGGCAGCCGAUCGUCUAUUCACCGUAUAGAAGGCUGCUGCAGUUCCUUCCGUGCCUUUCCCUACCAUUCGAUCUAUACCAGUCAAACGUGUCAAUUCUUCACAUGCAGCAAUUGCUAUUCACUUUCAAGACGCUAAUACUGUCUGGCGGCGAGUAGUGACUUUGUUUGACUUUGGGAGACCAACUAUAAAAAGGACACUAGGACGUGCUAAAAUACCUAAAAUCAUACUGCACUUGUGAACUGGGAUUUUUCAGGCUAAGCGACUACAAGGCCUGACAUAAAGGUUCCUUCAAUCCCCAUUCAAAUCCUCCUUCUCAUUAACAACAUACAUCCAACAUACAACUCGACACAACACAACACAACACAACUCUGCAACCUCACCACCGCCAGUUUCUUUAAUCGGACAACAUUAAAAUCUUGCAAAAUGUCUGAAGGUACCGCCACGACCAUCAAGCUCGUCAGCAAUGACAAUGUCGAAGUCGUCGUCGAGAGAUCUGUUGCCGAACGCUCCAUGUUGAUCAAGAACAUGCUGGAUGAUCUUGGAGAUGGCGUCCUCGAGACUCCUGUCCCAAUCCCUAACGUCAAUGAGGCUGUUCUCCGCAAAGUCAUCGAGUGGGCUGACCACCACAAGCACGAUCCUGCGCCCACUGCCGACGAUGAUUCCGAUAGUCGCAAGAAGACGACUGAUAUUGAGGAAUGGGACCAAAAAUUCAUGCAGGUCGAUCAAGAGAUGCUAUUUGAGAUCAUCCUUGCUGCCAAUUACCUUGACAUCAAGGCCCUUCUCGAUGUCGGAUGCAAGACCGUCGCCAACAUGAUUAAGGGCAAGUCUCCUGAGGAGAUUCGCAAAACCUUUAAUAUCACAAACGACUUCACUCCUGAGGAGGAAGAGCAAAUCCGCCGUGAGAAUGAGUGGGCUGAGGAUCGUUAAGAUUAUAUCUUGACAAAAUUAUCGAUUACCGCAUGAUGCCGUCAUGAUUUGGGGGUUGUUUAUAAAUGUGGCAUGACGGGUUAGCUUCAGUAGCAUGGGGGGAGUUCUCUGAUUGUUUCUGAUUACCAACCGAAAGUCCAGGUUUAUACACUUUCAUGGCGUGGGGGCUCUCUUUCCUAGUUUUUCUUUCUUCGGGUUCACAUUGUGUAUGUACAUACAUGGGGGGGGAGGCGUUUUAUGAGGAUACUGAAGUGUAGACAGAGGAUGCCAAUGGAGGAUAUUACAUAGAUAGUCUACACUCAACCAAACAGGUAUCGCACAAUUGCACUGGUUUUCAAUAUUAUAUCA